AUGUCAGUGGUUGCAAUUUUUGUUCUGCUGCUUAUUGCGGCUUUCGCGUAUUUUAAUUUCGCUAAGCUUCGACGCGAGGCUGAUGCAAUCAAGCCAGAGAGUGCCGAACCACCUACCACUGGAACGCAAAAGGCAGCCACACCACAGGAAUCCGAAGAACCAGCUCCACCUGCUGAACCAUCACUUCCACCACUCUCAUCUCUACCUCCACCGCCACCGCCACCGCCACCAACUCCAUCGUUAUCAUCUGAACCGCCACCGUCAUUGUCACCCCUCCCACCGCCACCGUCACCAUCUUCAUCUCCAACACCCGAACAGCCACCACCACUGUCUUCAUCGCCAACACCCGAACAGUCACAGCCAGCGUCCUCACUGCCAGCAACCGAACAGCCACCGUUACCGUCCUUAUCGCCAGCACCUAAACCGCCUCCAUCCUCAUCUCCACCCGUUUCUGCUGAACCUCCCCCAGGAUCUCUAUCGCUACCAUCUCCAUCGUCUAUCCCAACAUCUACGGAGUCUGAACCACCAGAAAUAUCGGAAAAACCGCCUCAACCAGAAAUUCCGAUUAUAUCACCGACAACUGAUGCACAAACUGCAAAGACACCAGAAGUUCCGACUAUGUCGCCAGCUGAUACGCAUACCGCAAAGGAAUUGAUGUUAUCUAAGCCGGUUGUAUCAGCAAGCAGUUCACAGAGCGGGACGAUGACAAUGGAUGGGACGUUGCUAACAGAUUCCAGCGCUCCAUCUGUAGAAUCCAAAGAUAAAGAUAAGCCGAAGAAGAAGAAGAAAAAUAAUCCUUUACGGCCACUAACUGUAAUAACAAAUCAUGAUCUGCUUGGACGGAGCCUGGCAAAACUUUAA